CAUAUCCUUUGGCAAAGGCUGGCUCCAAGGCGAGCUCGCCUGCCCUUGUACCCAGACUUUGACCUCGUACCGCGUUGACCAUGGCCACGGUGCAUCAACCUCCGCCGCUGAAAGGCCUUCGAGUGCUAGAGUUUGCCGGAUUGGCCCCUGGUAUGGCCUCCAUGAGCUGCAGAACGGAGGAUUGAAUCCUGAACGCUUCAUGUAGGGCCAUUCGCGGGCAUGCUCCUCGCAGACUACGGAGCUACGGUCCUCCGUCUCGACCGCGCUCCCGUCCAACCGUCCUCGGACCAGCUUACGCGCCGCAAGACGAGCAUCUGCGUGGACAUGAAAGCGCCAGCCGGCCUGGCUCUGAUCAAGAAGCUGAUUCCCCACGUCGAUGUUGUCAUAGAUCCUUUCCGCCCUGGGGUGCUCGAGAAAGCGGGUCUGGGGCCUGAAGAGGUGCUGCUGAAGCUCAACCCUAGGCUCAUUGUCGCACGCAUGACGGGCUUCAGAAGAGAUGGCAAAUACAGCAUGAUGGCCGGACACGACAUCAACUACAUUGCCGUUUCCGGAGUGCUGAGCAUCUUCGGCCGCAAGGGCGAGAAGCCGUAUCCUCCUGGAAACGUCGUUGGCGAUUUUGCCGGUGGAGGCGCAAUGUGCUUCAUAGGGAUCCUUCUGGCACUCAUUGCGAGAGAGAAGACCAACUUUGGUCAGGUGGUUGAAGCGAACAUGGUGGACGGCAGCGCGAUACUGGCCACCAUGCCACGAUUGGGUAUGAAGACCGAGCUAUGGCGCCGGGAGCGAGGCACGAACGUGCUGGACGGCGGCGCGCCCUUCUAUGGCACCUACGAGACCAAGGACGGGAAAUACAUGGCACUUGGCUGCAUUGAGCCCCAGUUCUGGGCGGCGUUUCUCAAAGGCGCAGGCCUGAAUCCUUCCGACCUCCCUGGCGACCGUGACAACAAGGACGACUGGCCCAAGCUGACCGCGUUCCUCACACAGCUUUUCAAGACCAAGAACCGGUCCGAGUGGGAGGCCAUCUACGACGGCACAGACGCAUGCUGCACUCCUGUGCUCACCCAGGCAGAGCUUGAGGCACAGGGGUUUGACCAGAGACCUGCCGUGACGCUCAAGUCAACCCCUGGCUAUGCCAUCCAGGAGGGCGAGGACGGCCGGCCCGCAGCCGUGGGUCAGGGCAUCGGCUACGAGGGUAGUGGAUGGAGUGAAAAGGGACUGAAGCCCGGAUCUGGAGGAGAGGAGACUCUGAGCCAGUGGCUUGGCUGGACGAAGGGAAGGCAGUACCGUGUAGAGAACCAGGGACUGGUGCUCACGGAGAACGCGAAGCUAUAGUCCUCUUCCAGCAUAUUAGCAUAUUCGAGCAUCAUGUCCUGUCAAA